GUAGACGUAGUACUAUUGGUAGUAACAAAUGAACGCGUGUACUUGAGCAAUCAUUAGCGAAGCCAGACAAAGUGCUACAAGUUACUCUAGAAGUAGAAGAAAGGUUGGAAAGUUAAACGAAGGUUUUGUGAAUCAACGUCAUCAUCAGCAGUCGUCACAACUUGUGUAACAGCUUCGUUUAUCUCAUUGUAGUUGGCAACAGCACAGCUAUAACACGACAAAUAAUAACAAGCUAUUGUUUGUUAGUGUUCGAUCGACAAAUCCGGAGCCGGUGCUACUUUGACUUUGUAGUGACACCCACGCACCCGCUAUCACGAUGACUGGAUUAUUAAAUGAUAGUGGUGCCGUAGCAGUGGACCAGGCAGCUGCGCCUGAGCAGGCCGUAGCGAAAAAAUUCACCCCGUUUUCCGUUGAUUAUCUCCUUUCGGACGUGCUGCCGUCAAACAAACAAAGUACGGUUGAAGAGGACUCGACAAGAAGUCCCUCGCCCCGAUCCGGGGCAACGGAUCCCGAUCCGUCAGAUUCCGAGUCCGAACAGGAAGAGGCCGACGUCGAGGCUUCGUACCCACCCUUGACAUCAUCCGUAUCACCGGCGCCGUCUCCAUGCUCCUCAACAUCGCCAUCGCCUCUUGCUCUGUACCCCAAUAUGAGUGCAUUCAACCCGGCUGAGCAUGCGAUGAUGUCCACCAUGGGGGUCGGUUGGGACGCUCUAUAUAACUAUCCCAACAUACCAAUUGACGGUGGCCUAACAGAGCUACCAAAGCUGCCUCCUGGUCCAGUGAAGUGUCAUCUGCGGAAGCAUAAAACUAACCGCAAACCUAGGACACCCUUCACGACGCAGCAGUUGAUGUCCCUAGAACGAAAGUUCCAUGCAAAGCAGUACCUGUCAAUAGCAGAACGGGCUGAGUUUUCGUCAUCUUUAAAACUGACUGAAACCCAAGUGAAAAUCUGGUUCCAGAACCGCCGCGCAAAGGAAAAGCGUCUAAAGGAGGCUGAAGAUGAGCGUAUUCGUAUGGCUCAACGGCCACUACAUCUAAUGCAUCCCCUGGCCGCCUUCGGAUUGCCACUUAUGCCGAUGCACCACCCUCAAAUGAUGCCAAUGCCUCUACCGAAACUGGAGAAAUAGGCAGCCUCCAACAAAGUGUUUGUUGUCAACUGCUGUGUGCAGGGAAGUUAGCGGCAUGCACUUCGAGCAAUACAUUUAUAGAAGUAAAUGACCUAUUAGUCGUUGGCAAAGAAAAUCCUCAAUGAAGGGUAAUUACCAUCGGUUUCAAGCAGGAAGAGAAAACAAUAUUAAAAAAUGAACCUCACAACUAAAACAGGCAAAUGUAUUUCGAUCAUUAUCUUGCUUGGAGGGUCAUUUCAUAGCUCUCGACAACUCGGCAAAUACUGCGUAUUCGAAGAACCGCCAUCGACCGCGAGUCCGCAGUAUUAGCAGGUACACGAUUUUCAAAUAUACGAAAGCAUUCACUAACACAGAAAGUUGCUGCAUAGGGUCGUCUGGAGCGAGGGUCACCCCCCGGAGCGAUUUCGUUGGUUACCCCCACUCCGGAACAAGCAACCCCCGCCCAAUUCGUGGAACAUGGGCAUGAAAGAGAUGCAGAAAAGCUGCAGUAAUAACAACGACAGCAACAACAGUUUCGAUCACCGCCAAUGGACGAAGGAAAGCGACACGAAUCAACCCGCGCGCUCGCCGUCGUGUGCUUUUUAAUUAACCACAGGUGGCUCAAGAAUAUAGUGCCCUGUUGUAUCUCAAAGUCAGGCUGGCCCGAUCUUGAGUACCGCCCGCUUAUUUUAGAAUAGGCGACGGCCGCAGCCAUUUCGCGGGGCAACACCAACAGCUAUGAAUUGUACAGCCUAAAGAAAAUCGAGUGCAGACCUUUUAAGGCUCUCGGCGAGACAACAGCAUCCGAAGGGGUGUGGUAGACACCAGCUUUAAUAACAGCCGGAGUUCAUAUAUUGGCAUGGUCGUGGACACAUUAGAAUUAACACAUUCAUUUGUGGAAAAACAAAAUACACUCUAAAGUACAUUAUGUGUAUAUAGAUAUGUAUGUAUACGCUGAAUGACUGUAUAUAAAACACUUGUAAGUAGCAACUACAUAGAAGUAGUUACUAAUGUAAAUGUUUUUAAACGUGGUGGUACUAUUUAUACUAUUUUCAUGCACAGAUUACAGAGAAACCUUAUGCCGCAUGUGAAAGUGAAUAGGCAUCUACGUACACAUGGGCAAAAUUAUGGUUGUUAUUAUAUCUCGUUAGAUUUAUUAACGGGAUGUUUAUAUCUACCUUCCAUCGGCGAUCGGUAAAAGAUGCGUCUUUCAUUACAUGUGUCCCAAUCCGUAUAGAUGGAGUCGAUGACGAUAAAAACGCGAAACACAAUA